AUGACUUCGCCGACAACUCCGCGCACGUCGGUUCCUCGAGGCUCAUUCCUCCUGCUCCAGGACGAGCCGCCUCUUGCGCCCAUGGGCCACGGCGUGCUGGCAUCGCUGAUCAGACACCGCGGGCGCGAGGACGACGAGACAGUGAGCGGUGCACGGCCGUUUGCAGGCGAUGGCCCGGAGGACGAGCUGCCGCGCCGCGAUGACCGCCGCCUCAGCGCCAUCCUCAACAGCUCCGGGGUGCGCAGCAUGCGUCUGAUUGGUAACAGCAACCCCCGCUACCGCUGGGAGCGCUACUGGAAGACCGAGGAAGAGCUGGCGGCCAUGCCCAAGCACAUCCGCAAGUAUUACGAGCGAGUCAACUACCUGGUUCAGCAGUACCUGUACAUCGACAGGCUGCUCGAUUCGUCUCUGCCCCACGACCUGCUCAACGAGUACAACAACAUGCCAGCGUCGGCCUUUCGCGGCGUUGAGGUUCCAGCCACCAUCAUGGAGACAUCGUCAGCUCCGCUCGAUAAACCCGCCCGCAAGGUCUUGCGAACCCCCAAAGCCAUCUAUUGUCCCACCGAAACCACUCCGCUGUUCUCGACCCGCGACGACCACUCUUAUAGCGUUGCCUGCGACGACGACGAUGUUGACGACGACGAUGUUGAGGCCGGGCGGUCACAACCCGAAAUUCCCUGGCUCGAAGACGAGGUGGUCGACAGCGACGCGCCCAUCGUCACCCUCGCCAUCUACGUCAACUUCGCCGCCAACCUGAUUUUGCUGGCCGGCAAAUUCGCCGUCAUUCUCUCCGUCCCUUCCGUCUCGGUGCUGGCCAGCUUGGUCGACGCGCUCCUCGACUUCCUUUCUACCGUUAUCGUCUGGGUCACCACCUUGCUGAUCCGCAAGCAGGAUCAGUACCGCUAUCCUGUGGGCAGGCGGCGGCUUGAGCCGAUUGGCGUGCUGGUCUUUUCCGUCAUUAUGAUUACCUCGUUCGUUCAGGUCGCACUCGAGGCCAUCCAGCGGCUUGCCUCUUCCGAUUAUGAGAUCAUCAAGCUCGGGAUCCCAGCUAUCUCCAUCAUGCUAGGUACCAUUGUCAUAAAAGGACUGUGUUGGCUGUGGUGUCGCCUCGUCAAUAACUCGAGCGUUCAGGCACUAGCGGCAGAUGCAAGUACAGAUGUCAUAUUCAACGCUGGCAGCAUAGCGUUCCCCAUAGUUGGUUACUAUGCCGGGAUAUGGUGGCUCGAUGCCCUCGGCGGCUUGAUUUUGUCGCUCGUCGUCAUAUUCAACUGGUCCCAGACUUCAUAUGAACACAUCAGGCAUCUGUCGGGCUUCUCGGCCACAGCCGACCAAAGAAACAUACUGCUCUACUUGACCAUGAGAUUCGCCAAAACCAUCAAGCAGAUUCAGGGGUUACAGGCUUACCACGCCGGCGACAAGCUGAUCGUCGAGGUCGACAUUGUGCUGGAUGCCAGCACCCCGCUCAAGGACAGCCACGACUUGAGUGAGAGCUUGCAAUACGUCCUGGAAUCGGUUCCUAUCGUCGACAGAGCUUUUGUGCAUGUCGACUACGCGACGUAUAACCUGCCCACUCACAUGGAUCAGCAGACCAGCUAGGGACGGUCGGUCACAUGCGCACAUUGGACGUUGGGAGUGAGAGUGUGUGCGUACCUGGAUGUAGUGAUAACGCUGGGAGAUACUCUCGGCCUAGGGAGCCCACAUCAGUGGAGUGACAUCCUACGGAGACCAGAGCCCUACUUGCGGGCAAACCAGGACUUGACUCGCUCCCGGUGCGAUAUCCAUGGGACCAAGGGCUAGCUUGAGCCAUGUACUGUGAGGACACUUGAUUAGGUAACAUGCCCUGGGCUGAGGUGGUCGGUCCACGCAGAGAGCGACAUCAAGUCGGAUCUUCUAGCUGCCUUGAAAGCUGAGCACCUCAAUGACUGAGAUAGGUCGAAAGGAACCAUCAAAGAGCAAGAACACUCGGCAUCACUCUGAUGUUGUCCAAUUCUCUGUUGCAUCUCUAGC